UCCCUUCUUCUUCAUCAUCAUCAUAUAAAAUUAUGGCCAAAGUUAUUAAUUAUAUAUCCUAAGCUAAUCUUCCCACUAUUCUCAAUCAUUUCAACACCCUUUCUUAACUUUGCAUCCUUAAAAGCCCCCUCUGGUUAGAUAUUGCCAUCCCUCUUGCUUUCACCCCAUAGGCAUACUUUCAAAGCUCCCACAUAUUAAAGACGGCCUCUGCUUCCUCCAUGUCCAUGGCAGGGCUUAUAGACUCAGAAAAGAAUCACAAGGUGAAGUCCUUCCACCGGAGAAAUGAUUCUGGUGAGCUUGAUGUGUUUGAGGCGGCAAGGUAUUUCUCAGGGUACAAUGAAGCUGUUGGCUAUCAUAACAAUGACCCUGGUGUUACUCAGAAGAUCAUGAGAGAAGAUCAGAGAAAUGGACACAAAGGCAGAAUCAGCUUAGACAUGCCCAUGAGAAACUUGUUUCCCCAGCAGUUUCAUGGAGUAGCGGUGGAGAAGCAGAUCAUGAAGGAGAAGAAACACAAGCAGCCUAGCUCACCAGGAGGAAGGCUUGCCAGCUUCUUGAACUCUCUCUUCAGCCAGUCUUCAUCUAAGAAGAAGAAAUCAAAGUCCAGCUCACAGUCUAUGAAGGAUGAUCAGGAUGAUCAGAGCCCAGGAGGAAGAAGAAGAAGAAGAAGCAGCAUUAGCCAUUUCAGAAGCUCAAGCAGCACCGCCACGACUGCUACCACUUCAGAUUCAAAGUCCUUAUAUUCAUCCUUCAGUUCAGUGGGGUUUAGAACACCUCCUCAUAUACACACCCCUACAAAGAGCUGUAAGGAAUUCAGAACCCUCUCAAAGUAUGAUAAUAGUAUUGAGAAUCUAAAGUCCUUCACCUUUCAUAAUGAUCAGUUGUCGGAUGAUCACAAGAAGAAGAAUGAGAAUUUCAAGUACAGUAAUGGGGUUUUGGAAAAACACAGGAACUGGGGUAAUGAGUUGUCUGAGAAGGAGUUCAGGAAGUUCAAUGUUGAGGUGGAUGAUGAUGAUGGUGAUGGUGCAGAAAGUGAUUCAAGCUCUGAUCUGUUUGAGUUGCAGAACUAUGACUUGGGUUACUGUUCAAGUGGUCUGCCUGUCUAUGAAACUACCAACAUGGAUAACAUCAAGAGAGGAGCACCAAUUUCCAAUGGAGCACUGUGAUACUGUAUACACAUACAUAUAUAAUUGGUUAUUGUUGAGGUAGUUACAAUCUUUGAAAAGGAAAAUCUGCUAUAGUUUGCCUCUCUGAUCUUCUUUCCAACUUUUGUCCAUGCUUUCUCUUUUCUCUGUAUGUACAGUUUGGAAUGCUUGCUUUGUCUUAUCUUUUAUCCACUUUUGUUUUUCUUUAGGACUUUGUUUAGAGUGCCAAACUGAAAAUGCUGUCCGUUAAUGGGUUGGUCAGAUUUAUGUUCUGAGUUCUGAUUAUAGUAGUUUUCACAAUAGAUUACUGGGAAACUGAAAAGGCUUCAAGCUCAUGUUAUUCAUUUGUAAGUGAAGCCUUUUGUUGUUUAA